CCCCUUCCCCUCCUGCCUGCUCCUGGUCCCUUUCUAACGCUGCCUCCUCCACUCCUUUGUCACAAAAGCAGGUGAAAAACUCUGAGUGCUUGCCGCCUCUCUCUCAUUUAAUGUGCACAGAAAACCACCACCCCCCCCCCGUCUUGAUCCCCCACGCCUCUGAAUCCAAGCACACUUCCAUAUCCCAGCAUCUCUGUGCUUUUAAGGCUUGAGAGAGAAGUUAUUCCAGAACAUAUAACCACCACCCUUCCUUUCUGCGAUCUUUUUUCCCUUCUCCGUGCACUAAAUAUUUCUGCUCCUGCUCCUCCCUCUUUUGAAUUCAACGUCGUCCUCUCUUCUCUUGCCAUAUUGCCGUUGCUGCUGAUAUUGCUGCCUCCCUUGCCGUCUUCAGUGCCUUUUGGGAAAUGGGCAACGACAAGAAUGCAAUUCUGCUGGUUUUGUUAUUGGGUUUCUUGGUCUGCUGCCAUGGUUCAAGACCAAUGCAGUCGUUUUCUGCAAAACCCAAGUCAGGAAGAGUCGGUUCCUUCCUCGGGUACCUGCCCAAAGCAACUCCAAUCCCUCCCUCUGGUCCUUCGAGACAGCACAAUGGUGUGGGGUUGCAGAGCAGGAGUUCUCCUUGAAGGAAGACCAAAAGAGCAGCCAGAGCGCCGAGGUCGUCGUGUUCCUUUUAUUGGUUUUUGUUUUUGUGGGUGCUGGGAGAGGAGCUCAUGGAUUGGCUUCGUGAUGAAGAAGAGAUCAAUUAACAGCGUCCGAAGGAGUUGCGGUGACUGAAACUUCAUCCACUGUAUAUAGAUUUUUCUUGGGUUAUUAUGUGUUCUUUAUUCUAUUUUCUUUUCUAUCAUGAUUAGGAAUAGGAAUUUUGAGUAUCAGACUGACCAAAAGAUAUGUUUUGGGAUGGGGGCGAGAUUCUCGAGUUGCCAUGACCUUUUUCUCUGCAGUUCACUAAAGAAUGGCAGUGUGAAAGCCUUCUGAUGUGAGGGAAAAGGGUGAUGAACUUGUUUUUGCAUCUCUGAUGUAAAACUCUCUAGCACCAAGCAAUAACGUUGGUGCUGCUGUUGAUUACAUAUUUUUCUUUCUUGUACAAUGUAAAAUUAUAAGUCAAGAGAAAU